GUCAUACCAACCAAACGCCGACAUGGAGAAAAUUUAUGUCAAAAUAAGAUUUUUCAAGAAGAUUAUAGAAAGUUAUCGAAUUUAGUUAGAUUUUUACCAAUGUUCUUAGUAAGGUGUUCGAAAGGUGAUUAUUAUGGCUCGAAGAUAUCGCGACGCCGCUGCAAAACUGCAGCAAAAUGUUCAAAAACAUUUAAAGGAAAUGCAGGAUCAUUUAUCGUCUGAAGAUGAGGAACCCUUUGAAGUCAGCGUAUUGGACGGCGUGUUUCAGAGCUACUCGAGAGGAGGAGGUGAUACUAAAUUGCUCAAUCGGACCAAGAAUUUACUAGAAGAAGCUAUUAGCGGUCGAAAUAUAACCUGUCUUAUAUGUAUAGGUUCCAUCAAAAGAGUUCAUGCUAUUUGGAACUGCGACAACUGUUAUUCGUAUUUUCAUUUAUCUUGCAUACAAAAGUGGGCAAAUGACUGCGUUUCUCUCAAAAGUGAUGAUAAUCAUGGUCCUAUUACUGUAUUUGUACCUAAAAAAGUUGAAUGGUGCUGUCCAAAAUGUCGGCAAGCUUACACCAAGGAACAAAUACCUCAUAAGUAUCGUUGUUUCUGUAGCAAAAUUGAUAAUCCUCCACUCCAUCCCUGGUUAAUACCACAUUCAUGUGGUGAGGUAUGUGGUAAAAGGCUUUCAACUGGAAAUAAUUGUAAACACAAGUGCUUACUAUUAUGUCAUCCAGGCCCAUGUCCCCCUUGCCCCCAAAUGGUUAGUGAAGCAUGCUAUUGUCUAAAGGAAAAUAAAAAAGUAAGGUGUAGUGCUGGGAAAUGGUCUUGUGGUAGCCAGUGUAGGAAAACACUACCAUGUAAAUCUCACAAGUGUGAAAGUAUUUGCCAUGAUAAUGACUGCCCUCCAUGCAGUUACACAAGCAUACAAGCCUGUCAAUGUGGGAGUGAAAAGAUUAAGCGUCCAUGCAAUGACUUAGAAUGGCAGUGUAUUAAAAUAUGUAACAAACCAUUUAGUUGUGGUUACCACAAAUGUGACAGAGUUUGCCAUUCAGGUAGCUGUGGUCCAUGUCCUAACUCGGGACUAAAAGCUUGCCCAUGUGGUGCUAAUCAGCAGUUUGUUCAGUGUCCAGAUGUAAUGGAAACAUGUUUAGGGACUUGUGGUAAGAAACAUGAUGAUUGUGAGCAUAAUUGUCCUGAAAAAUGUCACAAAGGUCCAUGCCCACCUUGCUUAGUAAUGAUCGAGAAAACCUGUCAAUGCACCGCACAUACAAGAUCGCUUCCAUGCAGUAAAGAGUUCAAAUGUGAUACAAAAUGUAGGGGGACUAGACCAUGUGGCAAACACGGCUGUGGACGUAAAUGUUGUAACGGGAACUGCCCUGCAUGCGAAAAGGUUUGCGACAAACCCCUACACUGUGGCCGACACAAAUGUACAUCAGUGUGCCAUCGCGGCCCAUGCUACCCAUGUCCUUUAGAGUCAAAAAUAACUUGCAGGUGCAAAGAAACAUAUAUUACAGUUCCUUGUGGUAGAGAAAAGAAUAUGAAGCCCCCAAAAUGUAGUUUACCUUGUAAGAUUAGGUAUAAAUGUGGUCAUUCUGAUGAUAAUCACCAUUUAUGCCAUUUUGGUGACUGUCCACCUUGUAAGGCGAUAUGUUUUAAGACAUAUGAAAAAUGCGGUCACCAAUGUAAAGCUAUUUGUCAUAAAUAUGUCACUGUUGUAUUUAAGCAAGUAGAAAAGCCAGCUACUCCAUGGGAAAUACAACCACCAAAGUCAAAAAUAAUGACAUUAGAAUGCCCACCGUGCGAGGAACCAGUUGCAAUAGCUUGUUUUGGUGAACAUGAGGUUGCAAACCAGCCUUGUCAUUCCGCUUCAAGGAAACCAUGUGGGCGAGAAUGUGGCCGCCUUCUUGAGUGCCUUAACCACUUAUGUUCAGAAAUGUGUCACUUAUACAAGCGUAAUACUGAUUACCCAAAUGUGCCUUACUCUUGCAAGCCAUGUGAUAAAGAAUGCUUAAUAGACCGUCCAGAAAAAUGCACUCAUAAAUGUGCUAUUGGUCAUUGUCAUCCUGGGCCAUGCCCCAUUUGUGAUAUAAUGGAACGAGUUCGUUGUCAUUGUGGUGUAACUGAAUUGUACAUAAGAUGUAACAAGUUGUCUGAGUGUACAGAAGAAAUGUUAUGCUGUGGUCAGCAGUGUCCAAAGAUGUUGAAAUGUGGUCAUAGAUGUAAGAAAUCUUGCCAUUCAAAUAACUGUAGUGAAAAUCAAAUAUGCUUGAAGAAAACUAAAGUCCAUUGUGUAUGCGGCAAUUUGAAAAAGGAAGUUCCAUGCAAUUUAGUUCAACAACAAGAAGUAAAAGUUGUUUGUGAUAAGAGUUGUGAAGAGAAACAAGCUGCAGCCAAGAAAGAGAAAGAGAGAGAAGAGAAAAGGCUGAAAGAGCUAGAGGAAGAAAGAAACCGCAAAGAGUUAGCUGAGUAUGAAUGGAAAUUGAGUGGCAAAAAGAAAAAAUACAAGGAAAAAAAGGUUGUUAUUAAUAAAGAUGAGAGGAAUUGGCUUCAGAAAUAUUGGAUAAUAAUCACAUCUGUAAUAAUAUUGGUCAUAUCAUUUUUAUAUUACAUUUUAUAUCUAUGAAGUAAUUUUAAAUAACUUUUGUAUGCAACAUACUUUUAACUUGUAUUUUAAGGAUAUGAUAUUUAGUGAAUUACCAAAUGGUUUUGAUUUUUUUAUAUGUGUAAAGUGCUUUAACUGGAAGAUGUCUGUUUUUCUAUAGUUUUUGUGUUUAAAUUUGUAGCUUCAAGAAUUUUGACAAAAAAUUUAAUUUUGUCUUAAAAUUAUUUCAUUAAAGUGUUUAGUGUAAUUUAUAACUCAUUAGUAGAGUACCCAAAAGAAGGAGGUAAUAAAUUCGUGUGUAUUUUUUUUAUUAGGUUUUUAUGUGUGCACCAAUAUUGAUUAUAAGUAUUCAAAGGUUUUGUAAAAGACAAAAUAAAAGACAUUAUAUUUA